ACAUGGCGACUUACACAGACAGCAACGUGAACCAUUCCAAAUCUGAGAUGUCAGAUGUUACUCAAGAUAGUGCAGAGUUGUCGCCUGUAAACAUAGUUGGAAUGAUGGACUCCCUUAUAGGACCAAACAAGAUAAAGCACAACGAGGGACUGAGACAAUUUGGGCUGCCGCAGGCGCCGAAAACGAGGGAGGAAUUGACGGUGGAACGUGCAAUGGAAAGCUGCACAUUUAAGACCGUCAUGAGCUGCGUACUUGGUUUUGCAUUGGGAGCAGCGAUUGGUUUAUUUGCAGCAAGCAUUGAUCCUGUCGACCCUGAUCAAGCAGCCAAACAGAAAGCCAAGGAUGUCUUGAAAGACAUGGGCAGGAGGAGUGUCUUCCAUGCCAAAAACUUUGCUGUCAUUGGUGCAAUGUUUGCAGGAACAGAGUGUAUAAUAGAAUCAUAUCGGGGUCAAAGCGACUGGAAAAAUAGUCCCAUGGCUGGCUGUGCAACAGGCGGGUUAAUAGGAUACAGAGCUGGGCUGAAACCUGGUGUUGCAGGAUGUGUAGGAUUUGCUGCCUUCUCAGCCGCCAUUGAUCACUACUUCCAUCUUCACUGAUAGGCAGAUAUCCUGUCACGUCCAAGUUAUCCUUCACAUUUUGCUGAAGUUUGGACACCAUAGAACUUGUUUGGACCAGCGCAAGAUCACAUGCUGAUCAUCAUAGCAAGGUUUUCUUAACCGUCUCCAUCAGAGUCUGAACAACAAUGUCUGGAGAACAGUGGAGCCUCAUUAUUUUAGACAGAUAAUCUGGAGGUACCACACUGACAAUGACUGAGUAUUGUUUUUAUACGUCGACGAAAGGCAAAACCUAAUAUUUAAUUUACACUCAUUUUCAACACUCAUUUUCCACAAGUAAGUCCCGUCUUGAAUUGUGGCAGCAGCAUUUCAAUUGGGAAUUUUUACCCAAUCCUAAUUGAAGGGGUCAGUUACCAGGACCGGUACUAUCCUCCUUCAUAGUUGAGGUUGUGACGGGGUUUAGACCAGCCUUGGAAGGUACAUUGAGGUCGAUGAUAGAUCAGGGCCCAAUUUCAUAUAGCCUUUAGUCAAGUCCCCAGGCCUAUACCCGGACCAUCCGGACACGUAACAC